ACUCCACUUCGCAGCUCCUCUUCAAACUGUUGCCACUCACAUUCAUCAGCAUGGCUGAGCUGAGUAGAAUUUAAUAGGUUGCAGCCUGACUUGACAUUGCAGCAGCUCUGCACGUCGUGCCAGCCGAGCGGACCGGAAAGGAAAUGCCGCUCUUCUCCAGCGCUUCCAGCGGCUCGCGGCGAGUCGCCGUGCGGCGGCAUUUCGUAUCGCUAAGCUCGAGGCUGCUGCACCUAACCAUUCUGGACUUCAGGCUGCGCCUGUUGCUGCUGGCGGCGCUCACGCUGCCCUUCAUCGCGCUGGGCGGGCUGCUGCACACCCUGGCCAGCGGCCGGCCCUGGACCCACUCCGCAUACCUGGUUUACGGACUGCUGUUCAGGGUUCCCGCGCUGGGCGCGGUGCGUAUUGACGAGCCCGCCGCCAGCGCCCUGGUCCUGAACGCCGUGUUCCUGUUCGGCACGUUUGGGUUCGCCAUCCUGCUGGGCCUCAUCAGCGAGGAGGUCAAGGGCACGAUCAAGAUGAUACGCGCGGGCGGCGCCCCCCUGGAUUUGUCCGGCCACAUCUUGAUCCUCAACUUCACACCCGACGCCACAGCAGUGGCCCUCCUGCGACAGCUGGCAGAGGACGUCUCCCGCGCGCCCCAGCCCCACGCCGCUACAGCCCAGCAGCAGCUGCAGCUACAGCUGCAGCCGCUGCUACAGCCCGCGGCCUCUGGCGGCGCGGGUGCUGCUACUGCCGGUGCUGGAGGGGCGGGAAGGGGCGGGAAGAAUGGCGGGGGCGGCGGCGGAGGGGGUGCGGUGAGCCUGCACGGCCGGCCCAUUGUGGUGCUGGCGGCGCCGCCACCGCCGCCGCCCGGCGGCGCGCUGGGCGGGUCGGGAGGCGGCGGCGGCGGUGACGUGGAGGGCGCAAUGAAGCGCCUGAUUGCGGAUGCGCUGCAGCAGGGCCGCGGCGCCGCCUGUGAGUGGCACCUGCGUGUGGGCUCCGCCUCCCGCGCCGACGACCUGGCUCGCGUGUGCGCCGCCGCCGCCUCCCACGUGGUCCUGCUGGCAGACCCGCGGGCCGGCGGCGGCGGCGAGGCGGCGGCGGCGGGGGCGGCCUUCUGCAUGCAGGUCCAGUCGCUCAUGUGCCUAACCAUGACCCUCGCCGGCACCAACACCAACACCUACACCAACACCAGCAGCGGCGGCGGCGCCGCCUGCACUGGGGCCGCUGGGGUCGCGGGCGGGCGGCGGGUGCCGGCGCUGCUGCGGCCGCGUGCGGGGCGGGCGGCGGCCGGUGGUCAGGUCCUGGCGGCAGCGCCGCCCCCAGUGAACAUCGUGGUGCAGUCCCCAGCCGGCACGGUGGCGGCGGCCGGCGGCGGCCCCAUCGCCACCUUCCGAGCCGUCGCCGCCUCCGAAGCCACCAGCACCUAUUCCUCCUCCACCACCUCCCUUUCCUCCUUCACCACCACCACCUCCUCCACCUCCUACCUUCCCGGCGGCGCGCCCGCCUUUGGCAGCGGCGCGGCGGCGGCGCCGCCGCCGCCGCUGCCGCGGCUGCUGGCGGCGCCUCUGGCGGCGGUGGCGGAGGUUCGUGACCGCGGCAUUGUGGACCGGCUGGUGGCGCAGACGGUGCUGCAGCCGGGGGUGGCCACUGUGCUCGCCAGGCUGUUUGGCAGCAGCGGCGGCGGUGCGGGCAGCGUGUUCCGCUGGGUGGCCUGGCACGGCCGGCCGCCGCCGCCGCCCGACACAGACGCCGACGGCGAGUCAGACCUGGCGGCAGGCGGCGGCGGCGGCGGCAGCACCGGCGGCGGCAGCCGUUGGGCGGGCAGGCGCAACGGCAGUGGCGGUAGCGGCGGCGGCGGCGGUGGUGGUCUGGGUGGGUUCAUGUCGGCGGCGGCGGCAGCCACUGGACUGCGCCGCCGUCGCGUUGGCGGCGGCGGCGGCGGCGCUGCCGCCGGUGGCGGCCGUGGUGCGGCGGGGGCGGCGCUGCCUCGUACCUUGUCGUACAGCAGCGCCCACCGUACGGACGGCGGUGCUGCUCUGGCGGCGGCGGCGGCGGGCAAGUUCCAGGCGGGAGGCAGCGCCGGCGGCGCGGCUGGCGAGGAAGCGCCGGCCGAAGUGUUGGGUGUGACGGCGGCGCUACUGCCGCCGUCGGUGCUUGGCCGCAGCACGUCAUUGACGCACUGCGCGUCCUCGCGCCACGCGUCCUCGCCGCACCUGUCUGACCCGGCAGCGGCGGCGGCGGCCGGCGUGGCGGCAGCCGGCGGCGGCGGCGGCGGCGGCGGCGCGGGUGGCGCAGACGCCAACGGGCGGGACAAGGGCUGCACGCGAGUGGGUGACGUGGGCACGGUUGUCGUGGCGGCAAGCGGCGCGGCGGCGGCGGCGGCGGCGGCGACGGCGGCUGUGCCAGGGACGGCGGGAGCUGUGGCAGUAGCAGGCGCGCGUGGCAAGCCGCCCGCGCUGAUGCUAGGUGGCAGUAGCACCAGCUGCACCUUUGCCGAGGUGAAGGCCCUGCUCGAGUCCACACUGGCAGUAGCAGGAGCUGCUGAUGCUGCUACUGCCGAUGGCAGCAGUCUGCUCAGCAGUAGCCGGCGCGGCUCGCCAUCUGCUGCUGCCGUCCCUGCAACGUCCCGCGGCCGCAGCAACUCCCCGCCCGGCCGCCGUGGCAGUAGCACCUCGGGCGUCAGGCAGAAGCAGCUGCUGCUACAACCACAGCAGGGGUUCGUGGUGGUUGGGUACUUGUCGGCUGCCACCGGCACGCUGCGUCUCAACCCCCGCGAUGCCUCCCCUGUUUUCCCCGGCGACCAGAUCGUACUGCUGGUUUCCGACCAGCCUGCCGCUACUGCUGCUGCUACUGCUGCUGGUGCUGCUAUUGCCGUACAGCCGUACGGAAACUCAGCUGGAGUGACCAAUGGCCUGCUGGGUCUUUGGGGCGGGGCCGUGGCCAGUGCGCCCCAAGCGACCGUGGAGGUGGAGGCGACGACAGUGCCCCGCGGGCAGCAGCAGCAGCAGCAGCAGCAGCAGCAGGUGCUACAGCCGCACGUGGCGGCGGCAGCGACAGCUACAGCCACAGCCACGCCCUCCACGCCGGUGCCGCUGCUGCAGGGAUGGAGCAGCGAGCCGCUUCGGUCGGGCGCAGCCGCGGCAGUAGCACUUUGCACGGAGACCAGCCGGCCGGCCAUCAAUGCUACUGCAGCGGCUGUUGCAGCGGCCGAUGCUGCUGCUGCUGCUGCUGCUGCUGAUGGUGGCGCUACUGCCGUUCCGGAGGACGCAUCAGCGGGGACGCCGGGCACCCCUCGAGUCACAACAACAGCAGCACCAGCACCAGCACCAGCAGCAGCAGCAGCAGCAGCCGGUGUGGCCACGCCGCCAUCGGCACCCGCCAAGCGCACGCCGGGAGGAACGCCGUCUUCACAGCUGCAGCAGCAGGGCAAUGGACAAGUUGGUGGCGGCGGCGGCGGCGGCAGUAGCGCGCCGCGGGCGCCGCCGGCGCCGCCGCAGCACAUCAUCGUGGUCAGCCGCACCGCGGCCGCGGUGCGGGAGGUGGUGGCAGGCCUGAUGGAGUUUGCGCCCGUGGGCAGCACCAUUGCCCUGCUGACACACCAGGCCAGUGGCGGCGGUGGCGGCGGAAGUGGUGGCGGCGGCGGUGCUGCUGCUACUGCCGGUCUGGGCCCAGGGCCAGGCCCCGCUUCGUCCGCGCCGUCCACUAGCGCCCCUGCAAUUGCUGCGGCGGCUCGAAGCGAGGCAAGCGCACCGGCAGUAGCAGGAGCGGCAGCAGCAGGUGUGCCAUCCACGCCGUCGCGGGCUCCGUCAAUUGGCGGCAGCGCUGCCGGCGGCGCGGCGGUGGCGGCGGUGCAGCCGCUGCAAUCUCAGCCGCCGUCUGGCCGCCUGGAUGGCGACUCCGCCGCCGGCGCGACAAGCGGCCGCAUGCCGCCAUCGGGCUUCGCCACCAGCGCCGCCGCGGCAGUAGCAGCGCAGGCGCUCGCCGCGCCCGGCGGCGCCGCCGCCGGCAACGGCAGUAGCACCGCGCGCCCCGCCGUCGCCCCGUCGGUGCUGGCGUGCGGCAGUAGCAGCUGGCCGCCGGGGGAGGCGGACCUGGUGCUGGCGGGCCUUGCUACAGCCAGUGCCGUGCUGGUGGCGCGAGACGCCGGGCUACAGCCGCACGAGGCGGAUGCUACAGCCCUGUCCACCGUGCUGCAGCUGCACCACACACUCACCGACCCCACCCGCUCGCCACUGCGGCGGCGCGCCGCCAGCGGUGCCGCCGCUGGCGCGGCGGCGGCGGCGGCAGUAGCAGUAGCAGCGGCCGCACGGCUUACGCGCGAGCAGCAGCAGCAGCAGCGGUCCUCAGAGCCCGCGCUGCCGACCCUGCCCGACAUCCCUGUUGCGCAGCCUUCCCAACAGCAACAGCAACAACCGCAGUUGCUGCUCCCUGACACCGCAGCCGCGACUGUGGCUGAGGCCGCUGCUACUGCCGCCGCCCCGCCGCCGCUGCUGCAUGUGGUGGUGUGCCUGCACAGCACGAGGUCGCGCGCCACACUGCAGGGCUUCCUGGAGGGCCUCAGCUGCAAGCCUGGCUUCAGCCUGGAGGCGCUCAUACCCGAGGAGUACCGGGCGCUGCUGCUGGCGGGGGUGGUGCGGCAGCCGCAGUCGCACGCCAUCAUGUCCGACUUGCUCAGUGACCGGCCCGGGGCGCCCGAGGUGUAUCUGGUGCCACCCACGCGGCUCAUGGCUGCAGCCGCCGCCGCAGCAGCCGCAGCAGCAGCAGCCGCAGCGGCCACCGCCGCCGCGCCUCGGCAGCCAGUGCCGGACGCCCAGGAAGUUGCAGCGGCUGCUGCAGCUGCGGGAGCAGCGGGAGCGGGGGCACCCAGUGACAACGGCGCAGCGGCGCCUGGCGCUGAUGACACCUCCGCGCCGACCUCGGCCAGUCCACCUCCGCCACCUCAGCAGCCGCUGCCAAGGCUAGGACCAGGGCUGGGACCAGGGCUAGGACCAGGGCUAGGCCUGUUAGGGCUAGGCCACGUGCCACUGGCGGCGCUGACGUUCCGGGACGUGGCGGCGGCGGCUCGCGCCUGCGGCUGCACGGCGGUGGGCGUGCUGCGGGCGGCGGCGGCUGUGCGGGGCGCGGCGGCGGCGGCGGCGGGAGACGCCAGCGGCAGCGGACGUGGCGGAGGGGGCGGCGGGGGCGGAGGCGGGGGCGCCGGGGGCGGAGGCGGCUUGGGCUGUAGUGGUGGCUGUGGUGGUGGCGGGGGCGGUGCGCUGGAGCUGGCGCCGCCGCCGGAUGCGCUGCUGCGGCUGCGGGAGGGGGAUCGGCUGGUGGUGCUGUCGGCGGACCCGGUGUGAGGUGGUUGUGAGGUGUUGGCGCGAGUGUGGUACUUUGGUGUGAUCGGACAGGGUAAGGGGCAGGUUGGUGUAGUCCCAUAGUGUGCAGCGUAUUGCCAGACCCCAACAGGGGCGGCGGCGAGUUACUUGGAUGGGGCAUGGCUGGUUGGGUGCGGAGAUUUUGGCACAGAGUAGCACCUCGGACCCCGGACCCCGGUACCCCCGGGCACACCGACACGCUCUCGUGAUCAAAAUGGGGCUCGAAGAAUUAUCUAGCGAGCUGCGUGGCCUGGAUGAUCCCGUAUGUUUGAAUGGAGGCGGGUUGGAGGGCGUGCUGCGUGGUUGCACACAUCGUGUGAGGCUUGACGCUCGCGGUGGGCUGCCGCCGGUCGGAGUCGCCCACACACAUCGUGCGCGUAUGGGGCGUGUAGAUAUGUGCGUGCCGUGCUGCGUGCGGAUGUGGUUGCAAAAGUGCGCAAACUGCUCGGGCCGGGGGGCAUGGGCGAUGUCGUGACCUGAAAGGGAGGCGGACUACGGCUAGAGUGCAUGGAGGGACCCGGACCGGAUGGAACGCCUGAGUCUGGCACAAUGUCUGCCAGCCCUAUGUUCAAAUAGUUUGACCGAAACAAUUAUAUUUAGCCUGUAAUUGUAUCAUGUU